UUAAACUACUUCGACGAGCAAUUGCCUUAUGUUUCUUUUAUCAUGCUCUUCAAGCUAGAGGUGUUCGGUUCUUCCCUACCAUUGAAGAGGAAAAUAAUUCAUUGGACAAAGAUUUUGUCCAUGGUCCAGCCAAACAAAUUCUCAAAAGUUUGAAGUCAAACUCCACUGAAGCAGUAACUUCAGGGCAAGGUUCUAGUUCAUGGGAUGAUCCCUAUUUUGUGGCACACCUAACACAUUCUGGAGGUCCUAAUGACAACUACUAUGGCUUACAUGCCACCAUGGAUGUGUAUGGCCACGAACUAAAACAUGGCCAGUGGAGUUCGACUACUUUUUGGAUUAAUCAUGCCGGACAUGGUAAUAAAUCAAGCUAUAAUGUGAUUCAAGUUGGCUGGCAUAUUAAUCCAGAUCGCUAUGGUGACUCACAUCCUCACUUCUACACCUGUUGGACGGACAAAAAAAGUGGAGAUUGGUGGGUGUAUUACGGCUUCAAUAAAAUCCCGACAGGCGUGGGAUACUUCCCAAGAUCGUUGUUCAGCUACUUAGCAGAAAAGGCGGACGGAAUGCAAUUUGGUGCAUUUGUUAAAUCUAAAAAAGCACUUCCAACUCCUCCAAUGGGCAGUGGUGCCCUCCCAAAUGGUGGUAAGGGUCGCGCCGCAUCAUUCACAGACAUUAGAUUCAUUGACUAGGAUGGAAAUAGCAGUCCAAUCAAGCAAGACCUACCCAUGUUAGUUACUGAUAAAAAUGCCACUCUAUCACCCAUAUUGAUCAUGCUGAAUGCUUUUAUGGUGGUCCUGGAGGUUGUAUGAGAUAAAAUUUGAUACUUUGAUCUUGGUAUCACCUAGUGUUAGUUGUCAAAUAAAAUGGCAUGGAUGACAAAAAUUA